GGCGGGCUGACUGACAGCUCCCGCGGCUGUCGCCUCGGAAGGACCCGGCUCCCAGGCCGGCGCAGUGGCCGCAGCGCGGAGCCCGGAGGCGCCCGCCCGCUCCCCGGUCCGACCGGUCGGCCGGCGCCCGCCGCGGUGAGAGAGGCUCCCGCCAGCGCCUGCGUCGGGGAGGACGCGACAGUGGUCCGGGCGGCGCGGGGCUCUCCGAGGGCCGGCGGAUGCCUUAGCGGCCCCGGCGGCGCCUGUGCCUGGCCUCCCGCUCCCGCUGACACACCUGGGAACGCGGCCCUGCGGCCUCGCGCCCGGAAGCCCCGACAAACCAUGGAGGCCCCGGAGGUGCCCGUGGGCGCGCUGAUCGACCUGGGGAGCCAGCCGCCCGCGUCCCCACCCCGGCAGGCGCUGCCUCCGCAGCUGCAGGAUGGGGACAGCUCGCAGGGCGACGCGGCUUCGGAGAGCGAGACCACCGAGUCCGCCGACAGCGAGAACGACAUGGGCGAGUCGCCCUCACACCCGUCCUGGGACCAGUACCGCCGCUCCUCCUCCAACGAGUCCUUCUCCUCCAACCAGAGCACCGAGUCGGCCAAGGACGAGGAGACGCUGGAGCUCCGGGAGUUCAUGCGCAGCUACGUGGACAAGAUCUUCUCCGGAGGGGAGGACUUGGACCGGGAGGAGAAAGCCAAGUUCGGAGAGUACUGCAGCAGCGAGAACGGAAAAGGCCGGGAGUGGUUUGCCCGAUACGUGAGCGCCCAGCGCUGCAAUUCCAAGUGCGUGUCAGAGGCGACCUUCUACCGCCUGGUGCAGUCGUUUGCCGUGGUCCUGUUCGAGUGUCAUCAGAUGGACGACUUCGGGCCUGCCAAGAACCUCAUGACCAUGUGCUUCACCUACUACCACAUCGGCAAGCCGCAGCUGCUGACCCCCGAGUCCAAGGAGAAACCCGCGGGGAGCAUCGACUCCUACCUCAAGUCAGCCAACAGCUGGCUGGCGGAGAAGAAGGACAUUGCCGAGCGGCUGCUCAAGAACACGUCGGCCAAGACCGAGAAUGUCAAGGGCUUCUUCGGGGGGCUGGAGACCAAGCUGAAGGGGCCCCUGGCCAGGAAACCAGAGGAGGAGGAGAGCAAGCCCAAGGAGAAGCCGCAGAAGACCGUGACCGUGUGCAGCCCAGAGGAAGAGAGGAAGGGGGAGAAGAUCUACCUGUACACACACCUGAAGCAGCAGCCCAUCUGGCACACACUGAGGUUCUGGAAUGCGGCUUUCUUCGACGCUGUCCACUGCGAGAGGAGAAAACGGUCUCCCACCACCAGAAGGGAUGCUGGAGAGGAGGAGGAGAAGAGGGAGAAGUGGUGCCACAUGACCCAGGAGGAGAGAGACGACAGCCUGCGCUUCAACGAGAACAUCACCUUCGGGCAACUGGGCACAUUCACCCACAACAUGCUGGCGUUCGGGCUGAACCAGAAGCUGUGCAGCGACUUCCUGAAGAAGCAGGCGGUGAUUGGCAGCCUGGACGAGGAGCAGUACAAGCUGCUGAGCGACCACAUUGAGCAGAUGGCCGCCGAGUAGAGGCCGCGGGAGGUGGCCCGAGGCCCCCCAGGAGGACUGAGGGUCCACACCACUGUCCUGGGCCAGCGACGCCCGUCACCCCACCCAAUGACCCUGCAUGACGUCGGCGGCACCCAGAGCCGCCCCACGCUGCCUGAGAACUAGCGGUUAGAAGAAUCUGGUCGCCCAACCUCCCCAGCUCCCCUCUGCCUUGUCUGCUCCCCCAUCCACGUGCCAAAGUGUCCCUGGGAUUACGUGGCCAAAACCAAGUUGACUGUGCCCACUCCUGAGUGUCAGGCCUGUGACACAGGACCGAGUGGAGGAGCAGGAGGGAGAGGGGGUGGGGUGCACGUGCGAAUGCCGAGAAGGGCGCCGUGAGCUGGCAGGGGACCCCGGGCUGUCGGGGGCCGAGGGGCCAGGCCAUGGGGGUCCGUGGCUGCUGCUGGUCUCUGUCCGGUCCCCGCCACGUGACAGGAACCGGAGUCACAGGAAGGCCCGGGAGGAAAGAGACACUUCCUGGUUUAGGGACGGAGACAGACGGGUGGGUGUGAGGACCUUCUUCCCGGGACGCGGAGGCGCGGGCGGGGCUGAGUCAUAUCAGCACCCCGGCGUCUGCGGCGGUGCCUGCUCGGCUGACAGCUUCCCUCUGGGACACAGAGGCCGCUGCCGGCCGCUCCCCGGUGGGAGCGCGGACUGUGUGUGUCCCGCCAGGAGGCACAGAGAAGAGAAGUUGCUUUGGUGGCUACAGGACAGCCACGCUUUCCGUGGAAGCAGAGAUGACGGGGAAAUCUGUGUUGGUGUUGCAGACGUGGUGGCACUUGUGAGGCUCGUUAGCGGGGCUGUGGGACGGCGCCUCGGCCUCCCCUGCCCAUGCAGGUGGACCUCGUUCCCGCAGCCGCCCCCUCGUCUCCCACGUGGUGCCCGGGAACCGUGGCCCUUCCCUGUGGGCUCAGACUGGGCGCCGUGGACCAGCCGAGAGGACUGACCCCUGAAGACAGGCCUCCACCACGCGGCCCCCGGGUGUGCCCGUUUCCAUCAGUGCGGGUCCCUCUGCGUCCGCCAGUUGCUCUCGGGCACUGACCUUGGGGUGGGCCCGGCGGGCUCUCCCCUCCCCCAUCCUCCCCUCCCGUGUCCCUUCUCUGCCUCCCCACCUCGCGGUCGUCACCUCACCGUGUCCUCUCGAGUAUAACAAAUACAUGCCUGGUAGUCACCCGCCCAGCCAGUGCCGGGACGCUUUCCCUCGCGGGGCGCCUCCCUGGAACGUUCCAGAGACAGCACGUGCCAACCGAGCGGCAGCACCCACAUCUAGGCGAUGGCGGGAGAGGUGGCGGGAGCUUGUGGUCUGUGUGCGACGCUGCCGGCCAGACACCGCCCCGAGGCUCAGUCCGUUCUUAUGAUGGCUCCGUGCGUGUGUGUGUGUGUGUGUGUGCGUGUGUGUGACACCAGCCUGUCUGGCAGUGUCACCAGACAAAGCACAGCCCUGUUGCUGGGCAGGUCACUCAGACUGGAGGCCCCCCGCCCCCCAGCCAGCAUUGGACCCCAGGGACGGCACCUCCACCCAACGCAUUUUGAGAAAUAAGGUCAUACGAAUGGGUACGUGGGCCCCUCCUCCGACACCUGCUUCAGAUGCACCCCCUCCUACAAGUGCCCCACCGCACGCCCGGAUGUGCUCCGCGCUCCCCUCCCCCUGUGCUGUGCUCCCCUCCCCCUCUGUAGGAUCCGGGCGGCACAGAGGGGUCUGUCCCAGGCCCCUGCACGGCUCUCCCUGCACGGCCGUGUCAUUGGCUUUAUUAGUCAUCUCUUAGUAGUUGAAAUGCGUUCCUUUAUCCUAAGAUGCACAGAAGACUUACCGUUGUGUAUAUAAGAGUUUUGUAUAGAAGUUCGGAACGGUUUCUGGAGGGAGAGGAGUGGGUUCUGAGACUUCUCCAGCGUUCCGGGGGCACGCGGCGGCCCUUUCCUGCCGGGGUGGGGGCGGGCCAGGCGGCUGCUGCAGGGAAAUGCAGCUGUGACUUCUUUGGGCUUUUCCAAGCACUUUAACUUCACAAGUGAUCCUGAGACCCUCCCCCGCCCCCCACCCCCCAUAGGCCUCUUGAAAUAGCCGCAAAGGCUGCUGGGUGCCCCCCACUCCCGUCCCUAUGGUCCUGACCCCGGCAGUGGCUCAGAUGCUCCCAGAGACCUGGGCCUCCUCAGAGGGCUUGAUGCCGUCAGCUGGUGGUAGACUCGCUCCCUCCGGUGCCUCUCGCCAGCGGCACCUAGGAAGCAGCUCACCCCAGGCGUUUUCCUCUGUCCCUGCAAUGCCGUCUCUUCCCUCCGGGGCCCGGCCACAGCAAACCACGGGGGACGCUCUUGCACGUCCCAGCAAGCAGCGAGUACACGGGGGCGCUUUUCCCCGCCAGCUCUUCCUGUAAACUCGGGAACCGUCGACUCCAUGCAGGAAGCAUCAGAUCAUAUGCGACAAGAGACUUGCCCGUCCCGGCGGGUGCGGUGUUCAAAGCCAGGGGCUCCGAAGGCCCAGUGGCGUUUCUGAUUCCCGCUGUCUGUCCUCAGGGACGCGGGGAGGUGGGCGUGUGAGGCGCCCUCAGCCGGACGCCUGUCUGCUCAAAUAGGAAAGUUCCCUGCUUGGAAAUUGGGACAAUGUUGAGAUGCA